UCCACACUGCAGCCAGACGCACUGGCUCCGUCCGCCUCACGCCCCUGCCUGGCCGGAACAGUGAUCUGCCCCCCGGGUUGCGAUGCCGCGUGCUGGGCUGGGGCGAGACCAUGGGCCGCGCCGACCCCUCGGCCGCGCUGCUGGAGGCCCCCGUGGUGGUCCAGCCCCGGGACACCUGCAACGAGUCCUGGAGAGGGGCCCUCACGCGGGACAUGCUCUGCGCCUCCACGGGGACCAGGGAGCACUGUGGCGUGUGCGCGGGCAACUCGGGCGGCCCCCUGCUCUGCCGGGGCCGUCUGCACGGCGUGGUGUCCUUCUCCUCUGCCGUGUGUGGGAGCCCCCACUUCCCGGACGUCUACACCCGCGUGUCCGCCUUCGUGUCCUGGAUCAGGGACGUGCUGCAGCACUACUGACGGGGUGGGCGGGGGUCCGACCUCAAUAAAGGCUCUCGAAGGCGUCACCGG